AUGUCUUUCCCAUCGUCCAAAGAACAGUUCUAUGACCAAGAGUCGGCCCAACUUCUCACAGAAGAUGCCACCACACCACCCUAUACACAGGGUAACCAUCACCAACAGCGCACCACGGCCACCAGAACUUUGCUCCAGCGACUAUAUUUCGUUGUGAUCCACUGUCUUGCUAUUUUUGCUGCCCUUUACUGUUGGAAAAUGAGCCGCAGCACAAUCCCCAUUCUGCCAGGCCAAUCUUGGUCCCCAUUGGACAAGUAUCUCACCUACGAAGUACGCCAGACGUUCCAACAUCACAGCCAUCUCUACAGUGGCCCACCCACCGAAGAGAACAUCAAGGCAUGGUAUGACCUAGCACGCCCCAUUUAUUUCCCUGCUACGGCCGAACUCUUGACCAAGGGUGGUGAGUCCAUGGUGAACAAGACACGCAUGGAGCCUGAGGGGUACCUUGCGGGUGUUGGCGUCCUGCAUGAACUUCAUUGCCUGCGGAUGAUACGUCAGUACGUCUACGCGGACUACUUCUAUCCGGACAUCAACGAUGCACAAGUCACCCGGUUGAGGGGACAUCUAGACCACUGCAUCAACAACUUGCGCUCCAGCCUCAUGUGCCGCCCGAACACUAAGCUCAUGUCCUUCAACUGGAACGACCCUGGCAGGCUCAAGCCGCAGCACGAGUCUAGUGGAAAGGAGCAGUGCGUGCGCUGGGAGUCUGUCCAGGCGUGGGCAAAGGACGUUGGGAUAACCGAUCGCCCGCUCAUUUACCGCGUCGGGCCUAUAAACGAACAGAGCAAUUAG